UGCUCCUCCCUAGUCUCAUUGGUUGGCUAGGCGGAAGAGUGGGAGGGGGAAAGCUGCGCAGUCGCGCACGCGUAAAUGUACUGCCCCCUUUUCUCUCGGCCCUUACUCGCCUUCGGGCUGCACCUCGUUUUGCGAGUCACUUUCCCCCGGUGUGACUGGUGCCGUGGUCGCCAUGAACUGCGAGAACUUCGCUGCAGGCGAGCGUUUGGUGACCCCGGCCUACGUGCGGCAGGGCUGUGAGGCCCGCCGCUCCCACGAGCACCUCAUACGGCUCCUGCUGGAGAAGGGUAAAUGUCCAGAAGAUGGUUGGGAUGAAAGUACUAUUGAACUCUUUCUCCAUGAACUUGCCAUUAUGGAUAGUAACAAUUUCCUGGGCAACUGUGGUGUGGGAGAAAGGGAAGGUAGAGUAGCAUCUGGGUUAGUUGCCCGUCGUCAUUACAGGUUCAUUCAUGGAAUUGGAAGAUCAGGUGAUAUUGCUGCUGUGCAACCUAAAGCUGCAGGUUCUAGCCUUUUGAACAAAAUAGCCAAUUUAUUAGUCCUGGACAUCAUAAGACUGGCUGGUGUUCGUUCAGUGGCUAACUGCUUUGUUGUUCCAAUGGCAACUGGUAUGAGUCUUACUCUGUGUUUCUUGACACUUCGACACAAAAGACCAAAGGCAAAAUACAUUAUUUGGCCACGGAUAGAUCAAAAGUCCUGCUUUAAGUCCAUGAUCACUGCAGGUUUUGAGCCUGUGGUGAUAGAGAAUGUAUUAGAAGGUGAUGAGCUACAUACAGACCUGAAGGAAGUGGAAGCUAAAAUCCAGGAGCUUGGGGCUGAUAACAUUCUAUGUGUUCAUUCUACUACGUCUUGUUUUGCUCCAAGGGUGCCUGAUAGACUGGAAGAUCUAGCUGUGAUCUGUGCUAAAUAUGACAUACCACAUAUAGUUAACAAUGCAUAUGGAGUACAGUCUUCAAAGUGUAUGCAUCUCAUACAACAGGGUGCUCGAGUAGGUAGAAUAGAUGCCUUUGUUCAGAGCUUGGACAAAAAUUUUAUGGUUCCAGUAGGUGGUGCUAUCAUUGCUGGCUUCAGUGAUUCCUUCAUUCAAGAAAUCAGCAAGAUGUAUCCAGGAAGAGCUUCAGCUUCCCCAUCUUUAGAUAUACUUAUUACCUUACUAUCACUGGGAUCAAAUGGCUAUAUGGAGCUAUUAAAAGAAAGAAAGGAAAUGUUUUUAUACUUAUCCACUGAAGUAAAAAAAUUAUCAGAACUCCACAAUGAGAGACUGUUGAAUACAACUCAUAAUCCUAUAUCUCUAGCUAUGUCCCUUAAGUCAUUGGAUGAAUGUACCCACACAGCUAUUACACAACUUGGAUCUAUGCUUUUUACUAGACAAGUGUCUGGAGCUAGGGUCGUGCCUCUGGGGAUUCUGCACACUAUAAAUGGCUACGUUUUCAAAGGCUUUAUGUCACAUGCAAAUAACUACCCUUGUGCUUACCUGAAUGCUGCAUCAGCAAUUGGAAUGAAAAAACAAGAUGUGGAUUUGUUCAUAAAAAGACUUGAUAAGUGCUUGAAGUCAGUGAGAAAAGAAAAAAGCAAAGAGAGUGAUGGUGUCUCUGCAGUUGAUAAUCCUAACAUCACUGAAGUUGAAAAUAUUCAAGAAAUGGCCUUAAAUCUGGAAAAUACACUUAUUCUCAAUGAAUGCAAAGAAGUUAAUUCCUGAUAUUUGCAGUGUUUCAUUUUAUAAUAUGAAAUAAACUUUAAGAUAACUCCAAUGAAUAAUAAUUUAAAUUUUUUUUAAAUUAAUAAUUCCUUUGAAAACAUUUAAUUAGUUUACUUGAAGAGAAUGAAUUGAGUUAGCAAAUGAUUAUUAUCUUUUGAUUCUUGGUCUGUUUCAAAAUUAUGCCUCAAUCUUUAUAUAAUCCACAAAAUAAAAUACACUUAACAUUUUUCUAACUGAAAAGUAGUCAACUAUGCACUUUUGCCUAUAAUUCUUUUUGAAAUAUUUGAGUACUCUUUACCUUGACUGUGUUUCAUCAUUUACAUACUAUAUGUGUUCUCAAUUUGUCCUGUUGUAUAUUCACAUUUUGGUUGAUAAAAAGGCAUAAUCUAAUGAAGGUUGAUAAAAAAUAUAUAUCCUUUAGUUUGUUUUUAUUAAAGAGUUUUUCAAGAAAUAGUGAAUUUUUCAUUUUUCUAACUUGAGUUAUCUAGUUUCACUUUCAAUGAAAUACUCCCCUAUGGUUUAACAGUGACAGAAUGACCACAAUACUAGGCUGUGACUUAAGAGGCCUCUAUUUUCAUUCCAGGUUUGUCAUUUUCUGAUUGCAUAACUUGGAGCAGGUCAUUUAACUCAUGGGCCUUAGUUUCCUUAUCUGUAAAAUGAAAGGAUUUGAGAUGAUGAUAUUUAAGAUGCCUUUCUGCUAUAAGAUAGUGAUGGUCAAUAGUAAUAGUUCCCAAGAUACAUUUUUAUUAAAAUACAUUUUAAAAUGCAUCUAAUAUAUUCUUUUAGACUCAUCAUAAUUUUUGAUCUUUUGAGUAUCAGCUGUAAGUUAAUAUGUGCCUAUGUAAUCUUCUGAGGGACAAAUCUACAUCAAGAUUAACUUGAGCAUAUCCAGAUAUAUGCACCUGUGAGGGUAGAAAAUGAUACAGUGUGAAAAUAAUUACUUCUUAUGUGAGAUAUUCAUGAAAUUCUUUGGCUUAUUAGCAAUGGUAUAUGUAAAGUAUUUUGCUGAUGUUCCACAUUGAUAAAAAUUCCAGAAAAAUGCCCAAUUGAAAUUUGACUAUAUUUUUUAUUUCAUUAUUGCUUAUUUUUUGAUUGACUUGGCAAAUUAAACAUUCUAAAGGGAGAGAAUUUUUUGACAUUUGGGCUUACAAUAUGAAGCAUUAUCUAAACUUUCAGUCUAUUGUGAAACUAUCAGUUAAAUGGAAGUUAUAACUUAUACAAGUUCAACUAAGUGUGAAAGUUAGGAACACUUUAUAAACAAAUGUAAUAAUGUUAUAAAAAUCUUAGUAGUUAUGCAUUAUGCACUGUUCUUCCCGAUAACUCUUAAUUAGGAAAUUUUAUAUUUCAACCAAUACAUUGAAGCCUAUGUUUUUAUUGUAUGUUAUCUUUUAAAUUCUAACAAUAUUUAAACAAUUAAAUUUACUUUUGAAAUUUCAUCUCAUUUCACUUGUUAAAUAUUCAUGAAUAAAAACAUUGUACAAUAAUGUUUUUUUUUUUAAUUUCUACUAUUUGAAAUGGAAUCGUAGAACAAAUAAAAAGCCAACCAGAUGCAACAAAAUCUCUAGAGCCCAGGAAAUUAAGUAAUGAUGCAAAUGUAAGUGCUGGCAUUGCAGCUUAAUAUACAUGUAAGCCAAAAUUGUUUUAUAGAAAAAGUCAUCUAUAUUGUGUGUUCAUCAUUUAGCUUAAGAAAGGGUAGAGCCCAGAGACGAGCAAAUGUUUUCAUCUGCAGUGUAUCAGCAGUUCUUGGGCUUUAGCUGCUGAGUAGAUAAUAAUUCUAAUUGAAGGUAAAUUACAUAAACCCAAGUAUAAACUAUAUGGUAUAACAUUUCUGUUCCUAAUGUACAAAGUUUAAGCUGCUAUUUCUAUCACUUUUUAAAAAGUUUUAGAUAUUUAAAUUCAUAUUAGCCCUUAAAACAACCUUCUGGUUAGAUAUAUAAAAAUAAGUAUUUUGAGUAUGUCUAACUCCAAAAUACACAAUAUAAAUAUAUAACACGUAAUUUGUUCAUCAACACAUGGGCAUAUAUUAUAUAUUUUAAUGGAAACAACAUAUAACUAUAAAUAUAACAUUCAUUAACACAUAGUCAUAUUUUGUAGGUCAUUAAUGGUGUACCUUUCUAUUGCUGAAGUCAUAAUUCAGUCCAGCAGUUCAGCAGAGGGUUAUUUCCCAUCCCUGCAUAAGAAAGGAUCUUCUGUAAUAGUAAAUCCAACUGCCUAAGCCAAAACGAUUUAAUUUUUAAGUAGACAGUGGAAUAUACUUGGAAAAACUGAAUUAAAACCAAAUGUUCUUUUGAUAUUUGAGAUCAGGCUUUUAUUUUCAUUUGGCUAUUUUAGCCUUAUGCUAACAAUUUUUUGGCAUUAACAUUGGAGAAGGUGGCACCAAAAGGAGCCUGGUGUCAGAAACCGUAAUUUUAAAAGAAUAAGCAAAUGAAUAUAAAUUAUUAUUUAACAGUGCAUUUAUACGUUAGAGAGCCCUGUAAUUUUAUAAUUUUUGCUUCCUAUCAGUUAAACCUAACUUUAUUUUUCACCAAAUUAUUGAUCCAUUUAACUGGUAAUUUCUAAGGCACUUUAAUUGUAUAUAACAUGAUUUGGUAGUAAUAAAAUUUAUGCCAGUACAAAAUAAAAUAAGUUCUAGCUUUUGUAUCCUGCUGUUAGGUCUUUUGACUUUAGUCACCUUUAAACUUCAAGUAAAAUUUGAUAUUAGUGUCGAUUUUAUUUUGAUAUUCAAUAAUUUAGCUUCAUAGUUAGAACUAUUCCAAUUCAGGAACUUCCAAAGAAGUCAUUUGAAAUGCAUAUAAAUUUGGAUAAAAAUAGUUUUCUCCACCUUCCCAUGUGAUAGAAAUUUCUUUGAGGACUUGAAAUAAUUCUCAUUUUUUUUAACUUCACUUUUUAAAAAAUAGCAAAGUUUUAGAAGUAUUGAAUUAUGGGUACCCAAAAUGUUGUUAUGACUUUAAGAAAAUGCAAAUUACCUUUUCAAAAAGUAUUUUUUAAUACUGUUAGUGACACAAACUGAAAAGAUUUGUUGGUAGUUACUAUAAAUAGCAUUUUUCCAUAGCCUGAUAUAUUCUAUUAAUUUUUCAUUUGCAUACUUAUUCUAGGAUAUGAUUAAGAAUUACCACCUCAUCCUUUUGUGCCUUAACUUUGUUUUUAUGCUCUUUUUAAACUAUUUUGGAUACCACAUGAGAAAUUGUAAGAUCAAUAAACAUACUUUUGUAAUUUCUCACCUAAUGCACACUGUUUGAUCUCAGGCUGCACAAGAAUUCUAGGAACAUUUGUAUCCUUUUGCUAAUUAGCAAGUUGUGUCAACUUUAAUCUUGACUGAAACAUGAAGAGUUGUCCAUUUUUUGUGGAGUCAAUUUUUUGUUUUAUCUGUUAGAAUGGGAAACUGACAACUAAUCAUUCACCUACUUGAUUUGCUGAAUGAAAAAGUUGUUUCCAGAAAGUUUGGUGUUUGAUGUUAAAAAUAAAACAAUGCAUAAAUUCAUAAUAUUUUUUAAAAAAUCAUCAAAUACUAGUGAAUUAUAUUUUACAUUGUCCCACAUGCAAAUAAAAACAGAAAGAACCUCUAA